AUGUUCAACUUCAGCGUGCCCGUCCUGGCCGCUGCCGGCCUAACCAGCUCCGCAUCCGGGACUGCCCCUCCGGCCGGCUCCGGCUGCUCCGUCGUCCGCCCGGCCACGGCCCAGCACGGCCAGCUGAUGCUACUGCUGCAGGGCACAGCGCUGACCCCACAAGGCGUGCUGCAAGAUGCCCAGAUCCUCGUCGUUAACGGGACCAUUACCUCCAUUCGGCCGCCGCACGAGCAUAUGGACCUCUGGGACCUCGAGCAGGACGACGCCCUGGCCGUAAUCCGCUGCGGGCCCGACGCCGUCAUCAGCCCGGGCUUCAUCAACACCCACGAGCACAUCGAGUUCAGUACCGUCCGGCCCCUCGCAGACAUUGGCGAGCGCGUUGACCACCGCCACGACUGGCGCGUCGGCCUGCGCGGCCACACCGCCCGCCCGGCCCCCGUCAACGAGACGGCUGGCACCGCAGAGGACGCCACGCGCUGGGGCGAGCUGCGGCACCUGCUCUCCGGCACCACCAGCAUCGUCGGAGGCCAGAUGGUCCCCGGCCUCGUCCGCAACCUCGAUUAUGCCGACGGCCUCGAGGAGCCGCUCUGGUCAUGGCUGCGCGGCAGCGGCGAGAGCGGCCAGCCGGAUGCCAGCCGGGUCAACGCCGCCGCCGAGGACCUGGCUUUGGCAGAGCAGGUUGCCACCUGGGACGUCUUUCCACUCGGAGAUGCCAAGGGCAUUAUCCGGGCGGGCGACUGUGACUAUGGAGUGGGCAUGAUUGACGGUCCGUCUGUGGCCAGGAUGCACCGGUACCUCGCGCACGUGGCCGAGGGUGUCGACGACGCUGCCCUCAACGAGUUCCGCUGCCUUUCGGAAGAAGGCUAUGACACCACCCCAUUGUCUCCGGACAACCCUCCUCCUCCUCCUCCUCCUCCUCUCGCCACGAACCAGAGCAGAGCCCUCCCCGCCGACAUGGCCAAACUCAACGAGAGCACCGUCCAGCUCCCCGGCCACCUGAAGCCCCCGCGGCCCGUGGCUCCUGUGCCAGGGCUAUCCACCGACAUCCUGGGCCCAAACAUCGGGCUCGUCCACGCCCUGGGCGUGCCAGUCUCCGAGUACCCCCUCCUCGCAGCAAGAGGCGCGUCCGUGGUCUGGUCCCCGCGCAGCAACGUGUUCCUGUACGGCAAGACACUCGACAUACACGCGCUUCUCGACGCCGGGGUCAACGUCGCGCUGGGCACGGACUGGCUGCCCUCGGGGUCGGCGAGCAUGUCGAGGGAAGCGGCUUGCGCUCGCGAUGUCACAGCUGCUGCUGCUGCUGCUGCAGCCAUGACGCCCGGAUCAGGGGGCCGUGGGCAGGGUCCAUUGUCAGCCCGUACGAUCUGGGAGAUGAUGACGACCAAUGCCGCGCAGGUCGCCGGCGUGAGCGGCAAGCUUGGUGCCAUCCAAGUCGGCGCCGCGGCAGAUAUCAUCGUCGUGUCAAGACCUUACCCCUCUUCUUCCCCUUUGCAAACAUGCGCCCUGAAAACUGGCGACGACGGCGCCCAGACCCACGUGGCCUCGGAUCAAUGUGGUUGUAGUGAUAGUGUGUGUAGUGGCCAUCAAGACAAGGAUAGCUACUUCGCUGCAGCAAUCUAUGCCGAGCCUGCAGACAUGCAGCUCAUCCUGCGCGGUGGGAUACCCCUGGUCAUCGACCCGAGCCUACAGGAUCUAGUAGCAUCCUCGGUUCCUUCUUCGUCGCCUUCUUCUCCCCUUUCCCACUUCGGUGCCGAGAACAUCAAAGGCCUGGCAACCCCAUGCGAACAAGUCCCCUACUCGGACGGCGCCACCAAAAUCCUCUGCCUAGCUGCCACUACAACGACAACUACUCCCACUACUGCAGCCAAGGCUGCAGACCAGCGGGGACCGGGCGAAGAAAUCGACGACGACAACAAUAACAAUAACGCCAGCUCCGCCGGCACCAAGAGGAAAAGAACGACAACGGCAGCCGCAACAACAACAACUAGCUACGCGCAGCUCAUACGCGAGCGGGCCGCGCAGGGCGUCUAUCCCGCCUUCUUCCCUCGCGGCGUGCUCCCCGAGGACGAGCCGAGCUGUGUUCCCACGCGGUAG